GAACUAUGAGCCCCUCCUCCAAGACACACCUUUUCCUCCGUGGUCCUCCGGCGUUUCUUACCUUCUUUCCGCUCCUCUCAGCGUCGUUGUCUGGCUGUGAACUCUCACCCCAGCUGCUUGGGAAAUGUCACACAGGCAGGGAGGCCCGUGCUGCAGUAGGGGGGCGUAAUAGGAAGGAAAAAAAUAACAUUUUCUCCGUUCUCAGCGCAUCAUUCAGCAGAGGCUCUGCCGUGCAAGUGCCACAUCCCGCUACCAACCACCACCACCAACAGCAGCAGCAGCCGCCGAUAACGCACCGCAGUCUCGGUGCUCGUUUCGCAUUAAACCUGAUAUAUAUUAAUAAAAAAAAAAAGCCGUGGCAGACAUGGGACAGAGCCGUCAUCCUCUCUCAAAGAUGUCCACGCAGGAGGCCUACUGGCUCGUGAAGCAGCUGCCCAGUAGAAGAUCCUGGGAUUGAGACGUGAAUCCCUUUACACCGAUGGCCUGGACUGAGUUUCAGCUGGCCUGCUGAAGCUAUGGGGAGCUGCUGGAGCUGUCUGUACAGAGACCCCAUCCGAGACAACCAUCUCACCAAAUUUAAGGUCAUUAAUGUUGAUGAUGAAGGCAACGAGCUGGGCUCUGGGAUCAUGGAGCUCACCCAGACUGAGCUCAUUCUUCACACACGCAAAAGAGACGCCAUCCGGUGGCCGUAUCUCUGCCUGCGACGCUACGGCUAUGACUCCAACCUGUUUUCCUUUGAGAGCGGCCGCCGCUGUCAGACAGGGCAGGGAAUCUUUGCAUUCAAGUGUUCACGGGCUGAAGAGAUCUUCAACCUGCUCCAGGAGCUGAUGCAAUGCAACAGCAUCAAUGUGGUGGAGGAGUCAAUGAUGAUGAGUCGAAGUGGCCACACACCAGAGAUGGACAUGUCUCGGACACCGCAGACUCCCAACACUCCAGCUUUUCCUGUCCAGUCCUUUCCAAACGGAUAUCCAGGUUAUCCCAUCAGAGGGGAUUCCUCCCAACCAUCUCUUGAUGAUCAUGGACACAGCCUCAUGGCUUUGGAAGACCAGACUCACACCUAUGUGAAUACCGUGAGUAUGGACGGAGAUCUUUCCAUGCGUCACUGUGUGCACUCUCUACCUGAGGUGCGGCCUAGCGCUUUGCCCGAAACGACACGUGGAGCCAUGCCUGUCGGAGGCCAAGGGAACCCACAGUCCAACAUGAGAUGCUGCCCGCUUGAGGAGCGCAAAGACCCACAGGUGUUCCUACAGCCGUCCUCGCAGGAGGUCAAGUUCAUGUUGGGGCCCACUCCAGCUCAGCGCCAUCUCAUGGAGAGAGAGAGGCUCGGGCACAAUCCUCACAACCUUCAGCCAGCAGAGGGUGCUACAGGUUCAGAGACGGAGGGGGACGAGCCUGGGAUGCACUUGUGCAACUCUCACUCCUAUCACCAUUUCCAUCACCACAUGCACCGGCAUCCGAGCCACGAGCACCCAGACAGCUCCCAGAGUGGCGAGCUCACCUACGAGAACAUCAACGGCCUGCGGAGCGGCCGAAAGCAGCGCCUGAGCCCCAGCAGCGUGUCGCAGUCUGUGGGCUCGAGCAGCAGCAGCAGCACUGGGGAUAGCCACUCACACUCACUGUUGCACUCACACGGCCACGGCCCUUCAUCUCUGCCGCCUCAGGGCUACGCCUGUGAGAGGGGCAUGGGCGGAGGCCACCGCCGGACAGCUCUUCUCAACUACGAAAACCUGCCCUCACUGCCACCUGUGUGGGAGUACAGCGCCUUGCAGCGGGAUGAUGAGCAGGAGGAGGACGAUGAAGAUCAGGAUGAGGAUGAAUAUGAAGAAGAGGAGGAUGACUUUGAUGAGUACGAGUUCUCAGAAGGCCCAGGAACACCCAACGGGUACCACCAGGACAGUCGGGGUAUCCACCGAGACGCCCUUCAGAACUAUGUCAACACAGAGCAGGUGCAGCCGACCCGGCUCCGGCACCCCUGUCCCCCGCAUCCUCGGGCGUGUCGACCAGACAGCGCAGGGCGAAUAUUUAGCUUCGAUUUCCGAAGGCGAUCACGUUCAGGGGUCGGAGGUUGCGAGCACGGUCACAUGCCUCCAUCGCGGCAGCUGAAUUACAUCCAGGUGGACCUGGAGGAAGAACCUCCCCGCCAAGCCCUUGGCAGCGGGGGUGCCCAGCCACAGCACCAGCGUCUACCACCCAAUCAAUGUGGCCCGCCGGUACCCAGACGCAGCGAGUGCUACGCCGUGAUUGACCUGAAGAAGACCGCUGCCAUGUCCAACCUGCAGAAAGCACUGCCCAGGGAUGAUGGGACCUCCAGAAAGACUCGCCACAACAGCACAGACCUGCCUCUGUAAAUGAAGUUCAGACUGGAGACAGAUGAAGGCCUCAUCCUCAUGUUAGCACACUGGACCCUUCACUGUCAUCCAUCCAUUCAAGAGUUGGGCUGACUAAAACGGUACAGGUACCUAAUUAGAAACUCGGUGAAAGUGAAUUGUGAAUGGAAAUGAGAAAAGUCUGAGGAGAAUUUGAAGUUAUCUUUAUUUGUCAAACAUCAGGUUAAAACUUUCUUAAGAGCAUCAAGUUUCAUAUAAAUAUCUGAAGCCAGUGCCUUGCAGAAGUACUUGUGUCUCUUAAAGUUUUUCACAAUUUGUAAUGUUACGAACACAAAUGUAAAUGCCUUUAUGAAGGGAUUUUAUGUGAUGGACCAACACAAAGUAAUACUUGAUUGUGAAGGGAGUAAAAAUUGGUAUUUUUCGACAGGUUUAAAAGAUUUACAGCCUUUGACAGGCUUUCUCCCAGGUUUGAACUGGAAUUAGCUUCAUCCAUCAUCUUAUCAACUCUGACCAGCUUCCCUGGUCCUACUAAGGAAAACUGUCUCCCCAGCAUGAUGGUGCCUCCACUAUGUUUCACAGUGAGGAUGAUGUUUUCAGGUUGAUGUACAGAUAUGUUUUUUAUUUACACCAGAAAUUUAGACUCCUUAUCAUGCCAGCAAAUCUUCCCACCUCAGCUGUGGAUCACUGCAGCUCCUCCAGAGUCACUAUAAUCCUCUUGGCUGCCUGUAUGUCCACAGGAGUAAAGUUGUGUUUUUGCAGAGAUAAAAUUAGUCACAGGUGAAAAGUAUUGAUUGAUUAGAUGACUUUGGAAGUCAGUUAGUUGCAUUGAACUUUAUUAUUAUUGUGCUGGUCCGUCUCAUAAAAUCCCAAUGACAUGCAUUGAGGUUUGGUUCAGGUAUGACGAGGUGUUUUGCAAGACGCUGUUUCUUCUAAAUAUGAUACUUUAUGCUUCGCUGUUGUCUAACAGAGGUCUUCAUUUUUGGUGGAAGAAGUCAUUGCCAUACGGUAUUAUCAAGUUUGAUAUUACUUGCAUUUCAUUCAUGUUUUUUUUUUUUUUUUUUUUUACAUGUAAUAUUCUAAAUAUCAGAGAUGCAGCCGUCAUCAGAGAGGAACUAUUGAUGGCAUGAAGGCAGGUCAACGGUUUCUUUUCUGACCGGUGUUCAUACCUCAUCACAAGCACUUAAAUCUAAUAUUGUGGCUCGUAUGUUUAUUACUGUAUGCCUAAAAAGCAUUUUGCACACAAUCCUAUGGAAUUGUAUCGAAUCAUAUUGUAGAAGCCGUCUUAACCGAGCAGUUUGAAAGGGGGAAGAAAAAAAACAGGAUAAAAAGAAAAGAUUGGGAGAUUUGGAGAGUGGUACUUAACUGUAUGACGGUAAACGUAGCACACGCGGAGUAAAUUAAGUUUGGCUCUCUGCUGUUGGCAUGCAGAAAUCAAAAUCGUAGCAUAUCAUCCUCAGUCACAUCUCCUGCAUAUCAUUCCUGACGCAAGGGAGGGUGGGUCCAUGCCAGUCACGUUGCACUUUUGACUUUAGGCCACUUUGUCACCACUGCAGCCACAGGUUGGGUCCUUUUUGCCACAAAAAUGGGGGCCAAAAGGGACACUGUUCGACAUCAGCUUCAAUAGUUUAAUAAAGUGUUCUCGGUUAGAGACGUUGAUGACCUCAAACAGUGGCAUUAAGCUGUAACCUCAUGGGAACUGAGCUAAAUCUGUGAUUUAUCAGUUAACAGGGCUGUUUUGAAGGGGGUCUAAGCAUGUUGCAAAGUCAUAAAGUUGCUUUUUUUAAGUUAUUUAUAAACCGUCUCAAAUAUUUAUUUAUUUAUAACAUAUUUAUUUAUUCAUUAUGAAAAAAGUGUAAUUUAUUUUUCCUUCAUACGAUGACCAGCGUUUUGUAGUCCAGUAGAUAAUCUGGAGACCAAAGUUUCACCUCAAAUUAUCACUGGACUCUGGUGUAUUACUGUUAUUAAUAUGCUUAAGUAUAUUUUUGAAAAAAAAGAAUGACUGUAUUUAUAUUUUAAGUGCCAAAUUGUAAUUGCUACCAGUAGGAAGAAUUAAAAAGUGAAAUGUGCCAUAGGGAUUUUUUUAGGGGGAAAUUGCGGGAGAGAUGAGGCACAAAGUGAAAAUGGGUGAAGAGGGGUACAAAUAAAUACAACAAUCCAGUUUUUUGAAAGUUUUUCAAAUUAAAAUAAUAAAAACCACACAUUCCACCUCAUCCACAUCGAUAGCCAUGCUAAAAGGAAACACGAGAAGGAUAAUCUUUUAGUCUGAUAAUCACUGUUCUGGUGGUUUUUUGCUGCUACUUGUACAUACUAACAGUAGCCCAUAUAAGCUACAGGUACAUGUCAAAAUGAGAAAAAUAAUGUGAUGUCAGACUUUUUACCAUGUUGUCAAUAGGAAUAGUGUCGUUGUCGUCUUCUGGUUUUAUUUGUGGGCGGCAGGAAUGUCACGGCUCAUUUCGGAGGGGGUCAAUAUGGUCAAAACUUCGUUCCAUGCAGGCAGAUUUAUCCUGAACUGACUGAAAGAAACAGUAAGGGAAUCACAGGCAUUCAUCUUUAUUCUGAUUGCUCAUAUUAGCUUUGUGUGUAAAGCUGAUGGAAAGAGAGAUGGUUUUUAGAUUUACUCUUGUGGAAUCUUUGGAAGGCAGAUUCACUGUGGCGUUUAACUCAAGGUGAUCUUUUUGUCUUUCAGCCAGAGUGUUAAUUUGAAACAGGUGCAGACUCUCAACUUCUGACGGGGGUUUUUUUUGGCUUCAUAGACUGCUUUAGGUGUUAAACAAAGGAAAACACUGCAGAUCACCAUGUUAGUAAAACAUAUGUUUUAUUUACAAAAAAAACUUUGAAAUGAUUUAAUUAGUGAUGGGGAAAAAUAUAUCUGUAUCUCAGUGACUGUGUCUUUCUCUACGUGGUACCUAAAAUUCAGAUUUUAUCUGUGUGUCUAUCAGUUAAAAGGGGGUGUUAUGAAAAGUCAUCUUGAAACUUUAUAUAGUUUUCUGUUAUUCUCUCUACAAAAUAAUACUUGGUGGACCUGGGAGUUUGCUGAGCCCAUCAUAGGAACUUCUUCUCAGUCCCAACACUUGUAAGAAUGGCCACAAAGAACAUAAUGGAGGAGCAUUGUCGUGAUGAUGUCUUGAAAGCAGCGUGUAGGAAAGAGCAGGAGCUAAAGAGACGUAGCCCCAUCUUCCAGGCGUCAAAUUGCUUCGUCAAUUUUUUUUUUAAGCCAUGUUAAAAGUCAUACAGCAUUUUCAUAACAACUGAAAGCAGAUGGUUACCUAAUAGUUGUGUAAAAUGGCACAGUUUUGUUAAUAAAGGACAUAAUACCCCUCUUUUAACAUUUUUCCCACCUCUACAGUGUAACUUUUAGGACAGAUUUUAUUCUGACGCAGACUUUAUUUCCAAGACCUUUUCAUCUGAAGAUGUUUUUGCUGAGUCUUUUUAUUUUAUUGCCUUUCAGUCAUAGGUCUGAUGGUCUGACAUCUGAGGCCGUUUGUUCUAAUGUGUGAGGAUGAAACCUGAGGAUGUCCUAAAAAGUACACUGCACAACUGCAGCAGAAGCUUCAAAUAACUGCAUCAGAAGUUGAGAGCUUGUAUUUUAUUUAGUUUUUGUACUGGAUAAAAAAAAAAGACAUCUUGAAGCCAACAUUGAUGGCUGAAGCAUUGAUGCACAGAGGGAUGUUUACAUUUUUGCAAUAAUAGGACUAUUAUUGUUUCACAGAUCUAAAUUGGAACAUGUGAAGUGUGAAAUCUGUAGCUUGUAGAGCUGUAAGCUAUAUGUGCGUGUUCGCCUUCAAGGAGCAGAUGUAGAAAAUCUACCAAAAAAGUGUUUUCUUUAUUGUUACUUGACUCUUACAUCACCAUGCAGUAGGUGACCACUGAGAGUGCUUGUAGUGGAUUAUCUCGUGUUACAACUUUUAAAGCAGCGGUGUUUAAUCUUACAAAAAUCAGCAGGUGAUCUAUGUGUAUUUUUGACAUGUGGUUUUAAAGUCAUUAAACUAACUGUGGUAACUACUUUUCUUAUUAAAUAAUAAAUUCACCAGUUUUUUAAAGCAUCAGCACCAGCUUCUUUUGUGUUCAUGUGCCAACAAUCAGUAGAAAUGGGAACAUGAAACGAACAUCCUCCAGGUCUUUCUGUUGCCAAGCCGUUAAGUGAUCGUAUUCCUCUCGAGGUCAAGCGAAGUGCAGCUCUGAGCUCAGUAACUCUGUGGAGGUGGAUUCACGUCCAUGCUGUCUCAAGGCUCUCAGAACUGUUGAGUGUUGAUGCUUGAGGCCCUGUUUCACACAGGUGUUAAGAAUGCCAGUUAAAAUUAGUUUUUUGUAAUCUGGGGGGCAAGUAGCUACAAGUUGAGAUCAUAAAUCCAUCCCAUCAAUAGUUUUGACAAACUGGAUUUACAGAAGAAAGAAGUUGAAGUAAAAAAAAAAAAAAAGGGCUUGCUCUGUUUUUACUGUGCAAAAUGUGAUUGCGUCCAUAUACCUUGCGUGUUUAUUUUAUUUUAUUUGCAUUGUGCCUUGCAUUCUCACACUGGUUUAACAUUUUCUCUGCUGGAAGUGAAGGUGUUUUUUUUUGUUUGCUUGUUUGUUUGUUUUUAAAGGUGCCUGUUGGAAGUUUGGAGACACAACGAGGCUUAAAGGAAAACGUUUUCAAUUUCAGGUUCUGAAAAUAAUGUGCCAACAUCUGAUUUGCAUAUCACUGCUUUGACGAGAUUUUCACUGAAAGAAUGUUUGAAUCAGUUGGUUAAAUUAUAGUCUCUGCUCAGAUUUGGAGAAGCAUGUUGCCACUCUCUUGUCUUUGCUUUAUUCCAUGGUCUAAAAACUUUUUCUUUUUUUUUUUCAGAAACAUUUGCCACAGAGUCCAAAAUAUAUCUAAAAUAAAAUCAUAAAUCCUCUUUUGUGUAGAGUACAAUAAUAAGACUAAACUUUUCAGAUGGUGUUUAAAGCUUACCAACAUCUUGACUAGCUCUGCUCUCUGUUGAAGACAUGUCUGCUCCUGUACAUGGGUGUCAACAGCCAUUACCUGCCAUUGUGCCCCUGUGAAGGUUUAACGGAAAAUAUCAAGCACUUUAAUGACUUCAGUUUGAAACAAGAAGACUUACAUGAUCAUAAAUGUAUGUGGAUCUUUUUCCUGUAUGAAAUUUUCACAAACUUGUGGUUUUCUUUUGCUUCCCAUUGAUGCAGCGCUAUGGGAAAACAUUUGUCCCUGUUAACAAGGCAGUAAACAGGAUCAUCAUUGCCAUCAUACAGUUUGUCAGAGUUUCAAAGUCAUUGGCUUUAUGGAGCAGCUGUAGUUUACAACACUACCUGUGGGCGCCUCAGUAGCUGUUUUCUCCUGCUGAUUUGUCUCAUCUGGAAAAAGGUGAGACAAAUAACUACAUAUAUACACAUUCACACUAAGGGCACUUUACAGUCACCAGAUAAUCCGACAUGCAUGUUCCUGAAGUCUGGGAGGAAACUGGAGUCUCCUGCAGAAACUGACGCAUAUACAGGAAAGAACAUAAAAACUCCUCAGAUCCCAGCUCUGCAUCCUAAAAUUAUAUUAAAAUGGUGCCAUUGAAGUUGCACUUUGAAUCCGUUGGGAUCAUUUUUGAUGUUGCAUUUAUAGCAAAGACUCGGGAGUGGCGUUAUUGUACUUCUCCAACUCUUGGGUAGUCUUUUGAAAUGUGGAUGUCAACCUGUCAAAUCUGAAUGCACCAUCAUUGUUUUGUAAGAACUAACAAGAGCAGAAAAUUGUUUCAGAAGACAAAUUAAUGAAGGCAUAAAUCAUGACCGAAGCUGUGUAUUGUCAAAUAAAAGGAGUUAAAUAUCAGGGGAUUGUGCUGAAUUUCAUGACAAUCUGAUUUCUCAUCAGCUGACAACUGUUCUCGUAGUGACCAUGGGAAUACUUUAUUUAUUUAUUUAUUUAUUUAUUGUGCACUUCUCAAACAUGGAUUUUAAUCGAUGUGUACGUUUUUAAAGUAGGAUUUAAUUGAAAUCUGGCAUCAGAUUCUAAAAAAUGCAGUAAAACCAGAGAGACAAACCCAGCAGUCAGUGCCACACAUCAUCUUCACUAAGUUUCCAUUCUCGUUUUAGUGAUUUGCCUCUUUUUUUUUUUUUGUAUGCAUCAUAUUUAAAAAUAUCUUCCUUCGGACAACAUUAUCCAAAUAACAUGUUGUUAAACCUCAACUUUCUGUCCCAGCUGUGAGUAAAAUCUGUCAAAUACUGAAAGUAUCAGAAGACUAAUAUCUCAUGUUAUAACUGUGUAUUUUACUUUUAAAUCUCUUUUUCUUGUCUGGGACUGGCUGUAAUUGCCACCAGAGGGUGAUGUACAUGUACGGGUCUGAGCUGUACAUUUUUCCUUUUUUUUGUGACAGAUUUGUGUAUUUAUGUGCAGGUGGGAAUAAAACUUUGUGACUACUA